UUGCUCUUGUCGUCUCUCUCACGUAGCAUCUUUCUCUCACCAUCGUUCGCCCUCGCUCUCGCGCGGGCGGGACGCCAUGGCCGACAAUGCACCGCCUUCCCAGAACGUCGACGAAGGGGGAGAGAUUGUCCUCAACAGGUUCUACGAUUUCCUGGCCAAGUUCACCUCCUCGGCAGAGGGCACCACGGACGGCACCGAUGGCGUGCAGCUGUACCGAGACUACCUGGCGCAGAUCGCGGCCAUGGUGGAGAACGAGAAGAACACGGUGUACGUCGACGUGCAACACGUGUUUGCGUACGACCAAGAGCUCGGAGAGGCUAUCGAGCUGGAGUAUCUACGGUUCAUGCCCUUCAUGAACAAAGCGCUCGCCCGCUUGGUGCAGGAGGAGUAUCCUCACUACGCCAACGACGCCGAUGAUCAGGACGCGCCGAAGGAGUUCUACGUGAGUUUCUUCAACCUCCCGCUGGUGGAGCGGGUGCGGCAGCUAAAGACCAACCGCAUCGGCCGCCUCGUGAGCGUGAGCGGCACCGUGACUCGCUCGACGGACGUGCGGCCGGAGCUGCUGCGGGGCACCUUCACCUGCCGGAAAUGUGGCCUGGUGUCGCCGGAUGUGGAGCAGCAGUACCAGUACACGGAGCCCACCAAGUGCAUCAACCCGGCGUGCCAGAACACGAGGGACUGGGAGCUAGACAUGCAGGCGAAGGAGCGUGUUCGUGGACUGGCAGCGGCUAAGGGUGCAAGAGAACGCAGACGAGAUUCCUCCGGGGAGCAUGCCGCGGUCGCUCGACGUCGUGCUUCGGGGGGAGGCCGUCGAGAAGGCCAAGGCCGGGGACAAGGUGAGACCGUGUUCACCGGCACGCUGAUCGUCGUGCCUGACUCGAGCGCUCUGGCGAGGGUAGGGGAGGCCACCGUGGGGGCGAAGCCGCCCGGCCGCAGGGGCGCGGAGGGGCCGGACGCGGGCGUGACCGGCCUCAAGAAGUUGGGCGUCAAGGAGCUCACCUACAGGACCGCGUUCCUCGCUAGCUCGGUCCUGCCGGCGGAGCAGGUGUCCGGCGGUUACAACAUCCGCGACGACAGCGAUGAGGCGGGGGCAGGGGCCGACGGGGCGGAAGAGCUGACGGAGGAGGAAGGGAGGGAGAUUCUCGAGAUGAAAAACAGCAGCAACAUCUACACCGACAUGGUCAAUAGUGUCGCGCCGACAGUCUUCGGUCACUCGGAGGUGAAGCGCGGUGUCCUGCUGAUGCUCCUGGGCGGGGUACACAAGAAGACGGCGGAGGGAAUCAAGCUGCGCGGGGACAUCAACGUCUGUAUCGUGGGCGAUCCCUCUACCGCCAAGAGCCAAUUCUUGAAGUACGUGCACGGCUUCCUGCCCCGCGCCAUCUUCACCUCCGGAAAGGCUUCGAGCGCGGCGGGUCUGACAGCGUCCGUCAUGAAGGACCAUGAGACGGGCGAGUUCUGCAUCGAAGCGGGAGCUCUCAUGCUCGCCGACAACGGCAUCUGCUGCAUCGACGAGUUCGACAAGAUGGACAUCGGGGACCAGGUGGCCAUCCACGAGGCGAUGGAGCAGCAGACGAUCUCCAUCACCAAGGCCGGCAUCCAGGCCACCCUCAACGCCCGGACGUCCAUCCUCGCCGCGGCCAACCCCCUGUACGGCCGCUACGACCGUUCCAAGACCCUCAAGGCGAACGUGCAGAUCAGCGCGCCCAUCAUGAGCCGUUUCGACCUGUUCUUCGUUGUGCUGGACGAGUGCGACGAGACCGCGGACUUCAACAUCGCGCAGCACAUCAUCCGCGUCCACCAGAACAAGGCGGAGGCCCUGGACCCUCCCUUCACGGCGAUGCAAAUGCAGCGCUACAUCCGCUUCGCUCGGAGGCUCAACCCGGCCAUCACCCCGGAGGGGCGUAAGACGAUGGUGGAGUGCUACCGGGCCCUCAGGGAGAACGACUGUGUUGGCCGCAACAAGACGGCUUACCGUAUCACCGUGAGGCAGCUGGAGUCCAUGAUCCGCCUCAGCGAGGCGCUGGCGAGGCUACACCUGGACGACCAGGUGCGGCCCCGCUACGUGAAAGAAGCGUUCCGCUUGCUCCGAAAGUCCAUCAUCCACGUGGAGGCGGAGGACAUCAUUCUCGAGGAGAGCGAAGAUGAGGAGGGUUUGGAGGAAGGAGACGAAGGGGUAGGGGCACCACGGGGAGAUGGCGACGAGGAGGACGGCCCGGGCGGGGGUGGCGGCGGCAACGGAGGGAGCAGAGAUGCCGAUGGCGGGGAUGAUGACGGCGGGGGCGGCGGCGGUGGGAGGGGCGGCGGAAAGGUCUCGAGAAGGAGUGGGAAGCGGAGGCGUGGCCGAACAGGAGGGGAGAAAGAAGGCGACGGCGAGGAUGGUGGUAGUGACGGCGGCGGGGGCGACGACGACGACGACGACGACGAAGACGACGAAGACGACGACGGGGUGGUGGACGAGGACGGCGGCUCUGAGCGGGCUAGCAAGAAGGCCAAUAAGAAGAAGAAGAAGAAGAAGAAGAAGAAGAAAAAGCAGAAGCAGCAGAUCACCUUCGAGCAGUACCAGAGGGAGGACCGAGCCAAGGAAGGGGAGGGGGGUGGGCUGCCUUGGGGAGAGGUGGUGUCAUGGUACUGCCACCAGCAUCAGCAGGAGCUCACCUCGGAGGAAGACCUGUCAAACAUGCAGAAGCUCGUCAACCAGGUGAUCAAGCGCCUCCUGACAAAGGACGGCCUUCUCAUCUACGACGGAGAGCCAGACGACGACGCCCCGGACGACGAGAAGCGCAUCGCUGUACACCCCAACUACGCCACCGGCUGACUGCUGUUGGGACACGCGCGCGCGCGCGCCCAGGGCUUCUCUCGCAUGUUUACUAUUAUCAAUAUUUUCUCCCCAAGCGGCAAUAGCUGGAAACAGCGCAGCUGGAUUGAUCUAAUCUAACUUUAGAUCGCUGCCUCCUUGGGUCAUGGUACUCCAAAAAGGCACGUUUUUGCGAGGAGGGCCGGGUGGCUUUGGUGCAUGGCUCCUCAGUUUCUCGACCAAAAGAGGCUGCAAAACCCGACUUGUUUCGAGAGAGAUUCGCCGCAUCUAUCUGUUGAUGUCUUGUGUGUAUCGUGCUCUGGUUCCAUUUUGGACUUAUAUCCUUCAGACAUGACUGUGCGCGUCCUCUGGCGGACUUAAUGAAAAUAAUGCAUUUGCUGGGACGCGUAGGUAUGACCAGGCGCCCUUCUCGGGUUCGAUUGUCGAACGGAUAUGUAGUGGCGCCUCACUUUUGGUAAAGACCGACAGGAUGUAAAUUUAGCCCCGAAGAACAUUGUAGAGUGUGUACCUGGUAAUUCUGCCGAAAAGCAAUUCUUGCGAACUGCUACAGUGGUGCACACACCCGCAAGCUGGUUUGGAGAGUUUGCGUUGUUAUGAAAGCUUGCACGCGUGCAUGUAGAUCGGUGCAGGGCAUCGUGUAGAAAGCAAGAAUUUCCUGAAGAACAGGGCGACCCGGAAUGAUGUGGUUGGGGGCACGGACAAACCACAAACGAUGCCGAUGCCGGCACGUCGAAUGUUUCAUUCUCACAACCUAGUAUCGCGUAGCAGACAAUGACCAAGCUUAACAACGCCGCAUGCAAGGCAUUUUCUGUCCAAGAAUCCGAGUCGUCUUCGUAGCUGCUUUCGGACGCAAAGGGCUUGAAUCAACAAACAAGAAACGCGGUCCAUCUAGCAUUUUUGAGGAGGGUGUUGUGUCCACGCCCAAGACCCGAUUUGGCUGCGGUCGAGUAUGCCGGGCGGCGUGCGGGGAGCCUUAUAUACCCUUCGGGGGACCUUGCGUGUGUGCGUUUUCUCAAAUUGAAUCGACCGCGCGACAUAACCAGUUGCCAGACGAAAGGGUUCGGGGUCAGCCAGGCACGCAACACCACCACCAUAUUUUCCAGGUCGUGGGCUCCCCUGACGCGAGUGCUAGUGCUUGGGAGUGUCGGGGAGGAAGGAGACUGGAUGCGUGUGCAGUGAACAGGAAACAUUGUUGCAUCUUGACUAGCCAGCCUGAGCACCUGCCUUCCUGCUAGUGCAUAUGCAUAGACAGUGCCACAAAUCACGUCUGUAUAGAUUGCGCCUUCACGCCUCGCUCAAGUUGAGCACGCUAGCCCGAUGAGAUGUUCAUCUUGAGAUCCGUCACUCAAAACCCUAGUUGUUAAUUUGGUGAACACGCGGCACGAACAACAACGAAACAAGACAGAUACUGACAUAUUUGGUCGGAGAGAACAUCGAGUACACACCUGCCUGCUACCAGGCUGUGACCACUGCUUAGCAUCCCGACACGCACAACUCAACAACACAAAGAAACAACGACAACCAACAAGGACCCACCCGUUCCGAGAAGGCUUUCGCAUUAUGCCGCCUCUCCACCUUUCUCCUUCUCCGCAUACACUAUUAUGCAUCGAAUCAUCAAAAUAAUGAGGUCACGCGUCGUCCCCUAUGACCGACACCCCCCCCUCACCCCCC